UUCCUUUCGACGAUUGGAUGAACCGACUUCCCUAAGCUGGAGUAAGGGCGUCAAGAGAAAGAAUUUACACAGAGAUUUUAUCAAGUCAAUGGCUGAAAAUUUUAUGAUAUAACUAAAAUGGAGGCGAAUCAUACAAUUGACUUUCCAAAACUGUUUCCAACCACUGAGAAUCCUGUUCACAUGGACAACAGAACUAUCAACACUACAGAUGGAAAAGAUCUUAAAAUCAGUGUUCCUUUAUUAAAAGAUGUAGAUGACGGGAAGGACUCGGAUGGAACUUCUUCCCAGCAGAGCAGUUCCAGCGAUAAGACGUCUAAAAAGAAUAAAAGGAAAGCUGAGCAGCCAACCAAGGCAUCGUCAGGAUUUCUCAAAGUAAAUUUGGCGCGUCCAGUCACAAAGAAAAGUAACGACAGUGACAGGCCAUAUGUUUGUAUGACGUGUUUAAAGAGUUUCACACGCUCUCAUCAUUUAACGCGCCACGAAUACACCCAUUCUGGAGAAAGACCGUUUAUUUGUUCGACUUGCGGGAAAUCGUUUGUGAGGAAACAUAAACUGACUGUUCACAUCCGAUCACACACAGGAGAAAAGCCGUAUAUUUGUGGAACAUGUGGCAAAGGCUUCAGUAGUUCGGAAAAAAGAAAACUACAUGACAGAACUCACACAGGUGUGAAACCAUAUUCCUGUGACAGUUGUGAGAAAUGUUUCACCAGCAGCAGUCAACUCAAACGACAUCGUCUAACACACGAGAAGAAGCAGGAAUUCAGCUGCACUAUUUGUCAGAAAAAGUUUGUUUCUGAAUAUCACCUUGUCAACCAUAAAGUCAAACAUCAUGAUACCACACAGAUCGCAAAAGUACCGGUAGUUAAAGUGGAAAAAUCAGACGGCGAAAAAAACCUUUCUGAAAAGCUAGCGGCAUCUAAUACGUGCAUGUACGACACACCACAAAUAAAUGCCGGCUCUCCUGAAGUGAGCGUACAAGUUCGAAAUGAACAAAACAAAACUGAACACAUGAACACGUCCGGACAAGAUCGUAUAAAAAAUUAUCAGAGAGAUCCAUCAAGUGCAUACAUGUACCAAAGUCGACAACUAAACGAAGGCUCUCCUGAAAUGAACGCACAACUUAGACAUCAACAAAUCAAAACCGAACACAUGCACGCUUCUGGGCAAAACCACAUAGAAAACUACCAACGCUACAAUUUUGCAAACCAUCCAGAUAAGAUACGUGAAAAUUACCUACUUGAUGAACGUCACAGAGAAAGAGGAAGCGUAUCAGGUGAACGGAAUGUCCCGAAUCCAUCUUUCAAUCCUCGUCAAACCAAUGACAAUCCACGUGCUUAUACCUUGAAUCAUAAUUUUGCUAGAUUUGGAAGUUUAAACUAAAGUAGGGUAUUGUAACCAUAGAUACGAUACAAAUGUUUAUUUAGUUUAGAGAUUUAACAGGAAAACUCAAUCUGAUUAAAACACAGAUCCUAUUUCGUUUCGUUUUUUAUAGUUCAAAAUUUCGUUUUACUUGUCUUGACUACACUAAGAUCUGGAAGAGUUGUUAUAUAACCAGCGUUCUGGAUGAUGUGAGGAAUUAGCCAAUGAAACGGACUGUUACGGCGAGUUUUUGGAUGGAACUUUUUGGUAAACCACUAGAAACGUCAACGCUGAUUGAUUAAUCAAUGUCUGAUGUCAAAAGCCACUCGUAUGACACCUGAUGUAACCUUCCACUACAAUUGGUUAGAUCUUCAUAUAGAGUAGGUCAUCGAAAGUAUAAAAAAUACGAUAAUAUAGAUCUGUAUUUUAAUCAGAUUGCAGGAAUAUUCUACUAAUAUAAUAAUUUAAUAAUUUGGGUGUCAGUAAGAAAGUACUGACAUUUGGUAUGGGUGUUGUGAGCCUUUUCAUAUCGAAAUUGCCAAACUUACAUAAUCAUGGGCAUUAUUAAUUUCCCAAACUAGUAUGGCUCCCAUUUUUCGGCAUUGUAUUUAGAUGUCCUCUAUGACAAAUUGGAAAUAUUGUGGUUUCCAUUGAAAAAUCGGUCAAAUGAUGAUCAGGGGCAUCUAUAUUAUCUUGGACCGGGGAGUAACAUGGGCUAGUUAAUAAUAGAAUAUAAUUGUGGAGUAUCGGUUGUUGAAAUAAGAUGUAAAUUAUCAGUAAUAUUUUAUCCUAUCAUUUAUAUGUAACAUGUAUAUAGAUAGAUAUAAUAUAAAUUUGAUUUUCUAAGGAAAUGGAAAUGAUAUUUAUUUAUCGCUUGCUCAUCUCCAGACCAGUCAUGUGACUGGCUCCUCUCGCAUGUUUACUAAGAAACAUUUAUUCAUAAUAUCAUCCUCUGUACCCCGAGUGGUCUCAUUCCUAUCCACUUUACUAAUCUCUGGGAUCAUCCAAAUUAUCUGCCCUUGAUGAUUGUGCUACAUGUAUGUUCAUCGACCAGUCAAAAAAAUUGUUAAAUACAUAAGAACUGGCAUAAAACAUCUCGAUUGUCAUUGCUUCCGUUGUUACGAUGAUAAACAAGGUCUUGAUUAUGGUUGAAAUGCAGAUCGGAUUUAAGUCUGUGGAAAAACUAAACUAUACGAUGACAUUGAGAGUUGAUAUAUGGUCUUGGUAAGUUAAUAAAUGUCUGAUUAAUAAUUUACAUAACAUUUAAGACAUAACACUGUAACCCAGGUAUCGUUUAAUCUUGUGUAUCUAGCAGUAAUUUCUAUCA